AUGGGGUGUCAUGUAACUAAAAAUGUUAUUUCUGACAAAAAAUUCAGGGAAUAAACAAUUACUGAUGAAAUGUUACAAGGUAUUAUAUCAUAAAUUGUGAGUAUAGAGUGUAAGGUUGAUGAAGAUGCGAAAUCGAGAAUAAGCGUUUACAAUCAAGCACUUGAGAAAAUGCAAAAGAUUCCAAAACUUAGAAAUGCAAGUAUUUUAAGAUUUAUUGUAGUAUUCAAUCCAAUAGUUUAAAGAAGAAAAAUGUAGAAAUUUGAAGAAGACUGA